CCUUGUUUUUGAAUAUAUCCUGUUUGGAUAUGUGUAUCUUGUAUCCCUCGGCUGUUGGCACCAGAAGCUGCAAUGGAUUGCAAACAUUUGCACUCGGUUACCGUCGUCUACCCCAAACCCAAAACCAUCGGCAAUCGAUCGUCGAUUCCUCCGCCCUUCACCUUCCACUCCAAGCCACUUUCAUGUUUCUCCGUCCAAUCGUCCCGGAUUCCCAAGUUCAGGGAGGCGGACGCCUUCCCCGACUCGCUCCCCCUCCAUUCCAAGAAUCCCCACGCGAUCUGCAAAGACAUCCAGCGCUUGGCACGCCUCGGCCAGCUGCACAAAGCCCUCGCCAUCCUCGACUACCUUCAACACCGCGGGAUCCCGGUGAAUAUCACCACAUUCGCUGCCCUCCUGUCCGCCUGCUCCCGCCAUAAAGCCCUCGCCUUUGGCCGCCAGGUUCAUGUCCACUUGCGCACCCAUGGCCUAGAGGGCAAUGAGUUCCUCCUCGGUAAGCUCGUCCAAAUGUACGCCACGUGCGGGUCCCCAGAUGAUGCUAGAAGACUGUUCUCGGAGCUCUCGCCGAGGACUGCCUACACCUGGAACGCGCUGCUCAAGGGGAACGUCGUCAGAGGAGGCAAGCGGUGGGGGGACGCGUCGCUCUCUCUGUUCUCCGAGAUGCGGGAGUUAGGGGUGGAUACGAACGAAUACACCUUCUCGUGCUUGAUCAAGAGCUUUGCAGGCUCGCCCUCUUUCACUCAGGGCGCGAAGAUACAUGGGCUUCUCAUCAAGAAUGGAUUUUACACUUCUUCCCUGUUGCAGACUAGCCUGAUCGAUAUGUACUUCAAAUGCGGCAAGAUUCAGAUGGCAAUGAAGGUAUUCGAUGAAAUUACCGAGAGAGAUAUUGUUCUGUGGGGAGCAGUAAUAGCAGGUUUUGCACACAAACGGUUGUACAGGGAGUCUAUCAAGUACUUGAAAUUGAUGGGAAGCGAAGGGAUACAGCCUAAUUCUGUCAUAUUAACCUCUACCCUUCCGGUGAUAGGAGACUUGUCGGAAAGGUAUUUAGGCCGUGAAGUUCAUGGUUUUGUUCUAAAGAGGUCGAGGUACUACCAUAAUAUGGUAUUCGUUCUAGCAGGAUUGAUAAAUAUGUAUUGCAAGUGUGGGGAUAUGGUCUCUGCGAGACGGGUUUUUUAUGGAUCCCAUGAGCAGAAUGCAGUCUCAUGGACUGCUCUGAUAUCAGGAUAUGCAUCAUGUGGAAGGUUUGAACAAGCACUAAGGUCAAUUGCUUGGAUGCAGCAAGAAGGAAUCAAACCAGACAUUGUCACAAUUGCUACGGCUAUCCCUGUUUGUGCCAAAAUGAAAGCUUCAAAGCCAGGAAAGGAAAUGCAUGCAUUCACUGUGAAGCAUUGCUUCUUACCAAAUAUCUCCAUAUCCACUUCAUUGAUGACCAUGUAUUCAGCUUUGGGUAAUAUAGACUACUCUUGCAGACUAUUUAAUAAGAUGCCCAAUAGAAAUGUCCUUGCUUGGACUGCCUUAAUUGAUACAUACUCAAAGAAUGGCAGUCCAUGCGAUGCAUUGUCUGUAUUUCGGUCUAUGCUCCAAACAAAGCAAAGGCCAGAUGGUGUUGCUCUAGCCAGGAUUUUAAGUAUUUGUGGUGAGAUUGGCUCAAUUAAGGUUGGAACAGAAGUGCAUGCUCAAGUGUUGAAAAUGAAACUUGAGUCAGUCCCUAUUGUUAUGGCUGAAGUAGUGAAAAUGUAUGGCAAAUUUAGAAAUGUUGACAAUGCAAGAAUGGUUUAUGAUGGGAUUGAUAAUAAAGGGUCCUUAACUUGUACAGCAAUUAUAGAAGCUUACGGUUUUAAUUCUCAAUAUGAAGAAGCAAUUCAUAUCUUUGAUUCAAUGUUAUCAAAUGGUCUUGUACCCAACCAUUACAUGUUUGUUGUUGCCUUAAGAAUUUGUGAGAAAGCGGGUUUUGUUGAUUCAGCUCUUAGAAUAUUCAAUAUGAUGAUUCAAGAGUAUGAUAUUAAGGCCUCUGAACAAAACUAUGAAUGGAUCAUCAACCAUCUUAUUCGUGAUGGUCGUAUCAAUGAAGAAUAGAUGUUGAUACAUACAAGGUUUACAUUGUUUGAAGUAUGAUGUAACAUGACGCUCUUGUUCCUUGAUUAGGCCGACUCUACAGAAAGCUGCUGUUCAUUUAUUUGGCAAUUGAUGGAUGAGAGGUAGUGAUGCAAAUUUGUCCAACGGGAUUAAUCCAUGGGUCAGGCACUUUGCUGUGUGAUAGUAGACCAGUCUACUAUUGCAGUUAAGUAGUCCUUUGGAAGGUUCGAGGAAGUCCUUGAUCCAAGAUGGCAUUACUUGCCUUGGUUUCUUGGAAAGAAAAUAGCUGGCCGGCUGUCACUGAGGUUGCAACAAUUGGAUGCUAAGUGUGAAACUAAAACAAAGCAACACCGAAGAGCCUUCUUAUUUGAAGCAAGUACCAGCUUUGCAAAGCCAUAAUUACACGAAAUCAAAGCAAGGUCAGCUAAGCUCGGGCCGUAACCUGG